AUGUUCAUUGCUAGUUCACCAAUUUUACAAUUCAAUCGCUUUGAUAUGCUAGAUCCUAAUGAUUACGACAAUUCUACAAAUAAUUCAAAUUUUUCUACUUAUGCAAUUGAUGAAUCAGUCCAUGAUGAACCGUCAGCACAAGGGUUUUCCCUAAAUCCUGCUGCCGCUAACUACUUGCUUGGUGAGAGUCAUCAUCCUGACUUGUUCACGGAUGAUUCAAUUACUCCGGGAUAUGUAGCAGCUGCCAAUGUAGGUAACGAAGAUGCCUCAUCAUACACCAACAAUUUGUACACCCAGUCCAUUAAUGUGAAUUUAGGUGAAGUUACUCCGCAAAACAGAGCCUACAAUAACUCAAGCUCAUUUGUAUCUGUCAACAAUCAACAGCAACAGCAACAACAGCAACAACAACACCAACUUCAACAAUAUCAAGGCUCUAACCAACCUAUCGAUAGCUUCCCCUACCAAUCACCAUCUUCUCAAUACCACUACCCAUUGGCAUCUUCUGUCUCCUCAUCAAUCCAUUCAUUCACUCAACAAAUUGAUGCUGGCCACUCUUCUAGUUAUAACUUCAACUACCCAACGAAUGCAUCUAGCUUGGACAGUCAAUACCCGCAACAAGGUUCGUUGACUACUUCAGUGUUUCAUCAACCACCACCACUACCCAUUUCAUCUUCAUCUCCACCACAGUUUGUUCCCCCACUUAGUGGUUCCCAAUCGCAGUCGGUUUAUUUUGACGGAGUCAAUGCUCAUUCACUUGGAGGCAGCAGCAGCAGCAACAACAUUAGUGGCGUGCACCCACCACAUCCACCGCAACCACCACCAUUGUCCACAAUGUCAAGCUCCUCAGCCGAUCAACUCCUGUACACUAGCUCUCCUGGAUCAGUCACAACUACUCGUCAGCAAAUGCCUGAAAAGCAGCUAAAUAAGAAAUCACCUACACAAAGACAGCGUCGUACCACGACACUGAAAAGAGAGAAUAAGUCACCCGUACUCACCACAUCUACAUCAUCAAUUAUUCAACACCCAUUACUGGAUAGAAAGAGGUAUCGUGUAUUACGUGGAGUUUCUGCUGGUGGUAGUAGCACACGACCACCUAAAGAGGCACUCAACAGUGAUUCAAUUUUUCUACCGGUUGAGCUAAACUUGGUUGGUGCUUCAGUUGAGGAUAUAUGUUGCCCCAAGUGGUCAACACUGGAAAAGCAAGAUCGUCGUCGAGUUAUUCGUAUUGAACGAAUUCAAAAUGGACCACAAUUGACACUCAAUUUCAGCAUUGUGGGAAGUGCUGAUGAAAACCCAAUAACUUUGCCAGCUCCACCCAACGUUGAUGUUGUUGAAGUAUCUUGUUUAGAAUGUGAUGUCCGCACCAAUGAUGACUACGAAUCGCAAUCAUCAGAUGAUGAGACUGGCUAUACCAAAACCCAAGGAUCUAAAAACAAACGAUUUGUCAAUACUGAUCCCGAAACUGGCCGUAACUUCCAAUACUAUAUCACAUCAGUCGAGGUGAUUGAGAUUGUUGAGUUAUUGAUUGGCACUGCUUUUGCCGAUGCUAGUGAACGAAGAAGAGAGCGUGGAAGAGUCAGAUCCAACUUGGUUCCCUUUUGGUCCAAAAAAUCAAUAAGCUCACGAAUGAGUGAUUCAUCUUCGGUAUCAUCAAGUACUUCCUUAGGUUCCAAUUCUGUUUCAUCGACUAGAGAUGGUAGUGUGUCAUCGAAUAGCACUAUCAGUACAGUAGCACCAACAACAGCCUCUACAGCUACCACCGCCGCUGCCGCCGCUGCUGCUGCAACUGCAAAUCUUUCACUUGACAAUGACGCAAAUUCACAACCUACAAACCAAGAUUACCGUAUGGAACUCGCUAAAAGAAUAAUGGCUUACGAUAUUCGUAAACCAAGAGGUUUUGAUAAAGAAGUGAGGAUACUAAGAUGGGACAAAUUGAUACCAGCAUUGAAACGUGCCUCACAUAGUUACUACACGGAAAUCCCUCCGGGUGACGAGUUGCAUACUCUGUUUUCAAACUUUGAUCUUUGA